AUGAGUCCUAGAUUCCCACCAACUACCAAGAUAAAAGAUUUUGGAUACCCUGAAUCACACCCACUACAUUUCACGGCGUCGAUUAAGCGGUUUCGAAAGACACGAGUAUCUAGUGAUUAUGAGCUACCCGAGGAUGAUGAGGCAACUUCAUCCGAUAACACAUCCACCACAUCUUCUUCGGCUACCUCCGACCGUCGAUCGCGACAUCAUGGAACCUCGAACUACAGGACUUACGACGAAUACGAUUAUGAAGGUGAAUUAGAAGAGGAAGAAGAUGACGAUGACGAGUAUGAAAAAGACGAGAUAAAUUGUGAAGCUCGCGCAAUUUUUGAUUUCCAACCAGAAAAUGACAAUGAAAUUGGUCUAAUCGAAGGCCAAUUGAUAUGGAUCAGUUAUAGACAUGGUCAAGGGUGGCUAGUUGCCGAGGACCCAGAAACAGGUGAAAAUGGACUUGUACCUGAAGAAUAUGUCGAAUUGAUUGGUCUACUAGACAUGAGAAACGAUGUGGAGGAAGAUGUGGCGAAACCGUUUUUACCUGAGAUAUUGCGCAACAAUGAACCAGAGGCAAGUGGAGUACGAGCAGGUUCAGACGACGAAUGGGUAGACACAGAUGAAGAGUCUUCACGGCUGACUGUGGAUACAAUUAACAAACCGGGGAACAAUGAGAAAGUGGAUGAUGCGGUUGGUAAAUCAUUGGAUGAAAUGAAGAUAUGA